GUUCGUUGCGCUGCCACCCGGAAGGGUGGUACCUGCACUAGUUCCACAAACACAUUUGUAACGCGUUUGUUUGUAACAAUAUUUUGCCGCGGCUAGUGGACAAAGUAUAGAAACAAGAAACAAAUCAACCUCGGUACGAAGGUACGAUAUCGUCCUUUUGGAACGCCUGAGCUUCCCCCAAGCCAAGGCAUCUCCAGGAUGAGUGUCCAUCCCAGGCGGAUCCGCCUGAAGCCGUGGCUGUUAGCCCAGGUGAACAGUAGCAGGUACCCGGGCCUGCAGUGGCUCAGUCAGGACCAGCGGCUCUUCCAGAUCCCCUGGAGACAUGCCACACGACACAUGCCCAUGUCAGAGGAGGAGAACACCAUCUUUAAGGCCUGGGCUCUGGAGACAGGGAAGUACCAGGAGGGGCUGGAUGAACCCGACCCUGCCAAGUGGAAAGCCAACCUGCGCUGUGCCCUCAACAAAAGUAGAGAGUUCAGUCUGAAAUACGAUGGCACCAAAGAAACCCCCGUCCAGCCAUAUAAGAUCUACGAGGUUUGCGACCAGCCUGGCAACGGAGAUGCUGUCGAUGAUGAUGAUGAAGAGAUGCCGAAUAUUAACGACCUUACUAUAACAUUCCCUGCUCACAGGGACAACUCAGUCCACUUCAAUGAGCCACUCUAUGACAGAUUUGGUUCUGCCCACCCCAUCUCCAUGCCCCUUCUUCAGCACCCUAAUCCCAACGGAGGCCUUCACAUGAAGACAGAACUCCCUGGACCAGCUCAGGUUCAGCUGGUAGGGGUUGGCAGUAUGGACCAUGGGGCCUUUGCCCACCAGGCAGGACUCUCUAACGGGCUGGGCAUGGCUGGAGGGAGCAUACCACCUCCGACCCUUUCAGACCUGCAUCCCAUGCCCGCCUCUGGAGCCCCUGUAGCACCAGGGCUGACCCUCAUGGACGUCCAGGCGGGCCCCAUGGAGGGGAUGCAGAGCCAGGCAGAGGAGCAGCCCCAGCCCUGCAAAUACGACCUUCUGAACAGCCUGCCUUUGACUGAUCUAGACUUGAAGUUCCAGUACCGGGGUCGUACUGUGGGCGCCCAGAUUGUCAGUAACCCCCAGGGAUGCCGGCUGUACUACGGCCACCUGGAGCCCACGCCAGAGCAGGUGGAGCUGUUUGGGCCCGUCACCCUCCACCAGGUGCGGUUCCCCUGCUCGGCGGACAUCCAGAACCAAAAGCAGCGCUUCUACACAGAGCAUCUGCUGGACGUGAUGGACCGGGGCCUGAUCCUGGAGAUCUGGGAGCAGGACAUCUACGCUGUGCGUCUGUGCCAGUGCAAGGUGUACUGGUCAGGGCCCGGCGUGCCUGAGCUGGGGCCCCCCAACCCCAUGGAACGGGAACGCAAGAUUAAAGUGUUCAGCCUCAACAACUUUCUACACGGGCUCAUCCUGUUCCAGAAAGGAGAAGCUCCGAGUCCUCCUCCGUUUGAGAUCUGCUUCUGUUUCGGUGAAGACUGGCCAGAUAAGAAGCCUAAGGAGAAGAAGCUUAUCAUCGUCCAGGUGGUGCCUGUGGUGGCCCGGAUGCUGACUGAGAUGUUCUCCGGAGAACUCAACUGGUCCACGGACAGCAUCCGCCUGCAGAUCUCCAACCCCGACGUGAAGGACCAAACAGUGGAGCAGUUCAAGGAGCUGCAGAGGCUGCUCCAGAGCCAGCAUGCCCAGGGGCCCUGGGCCAACAACGCGCCCUGAGUUGGAGCCCUCGACCAUGGCCUCAGUAAGAGGCAUGUUUUAAGCUGCGUUUUCCGACCUGAACUUCACGAAGACUGCAGUCAGCAUGAUGGAAUCAUACUCUACCUUUAUGAACUCUGAGCCCAUCCUCUGACGCCGACGGCCAUUAACAUUGGAGAAUCGGUACAAUGCAAGCUUUUAUCCAGACAGCCAGCUGUGGAACCACCCAGAACUAAUCCAACCACACCUGGCUGGGUCUGCGCCCUGGCCACGGAAUUACAACACCACUGGAAUUAACAGUAGCUGUGUCCUUUUUUAAGAUUUCAGUUAAUACCAGACAGUAUUGUUUACAUUGUAGAAGGUAUACCUUCUCUCCCUUCUGUGUAAUUUACUUUCACAAAUGUUUAAUACCUGCAUCUGUGAAGAAGCUACAUGAUGUACUUUGUUGCUGGCUUCUGCCCAAAGACAUGUGCCUACAGUGCCAACAAUUGGAAUAUUUUAAAGCCAUACACAAUCUCAGAAGUAUUGGAAUGUUACAUUUUUAAUAAAUACAUGAUAUGCAUA